UUCAUUAGCAUGCGGAGGAUGCGAGCACUGCAACAGCGACUUCUCAGGCACCACCAGCAGCGCCGCCGACAGUUAUUAUUAUUUUUUUACCGAGCUGCACAUUUCCUGGUUCAGUGGCUUGGGCUCUGCAAGCAGCUGACUGGUGGCCCCCGGUUUGGCUCAGGAUCGGUUGGUGACCCUGAGGCUAGGGUCUGGGACUUCCUUCAGACUGUCAUGAAGAAAGGGAGUUAAGAGGAAACUGGGGUUCUCAGGAAGGUGAUCGGAGAGCUCAUGCAGAUCCAGAGGAAGAGAGGAAAGUCUCACUUUUUUCCUGCUUGGUGAAUUCCCCCAGCAGGGUCUGGAUCCAGCUCCAGCGGCGCUGUUUUCCCUGGGGGAAUGUAGAACAGCUCCAGCUUGAGCCUGCUGCCAGCUUCAGAAAGGGCUCAGAUUUGCAAAGGGGGUUCGAGAGGAAGAUGCUUUGGCUGCCUGGGGUCCUGCUUACGUUCUUAGAAGGCAGACUCAGGGAGAAAGUGAACUGGGGCAAUUGACAAGCUCCUGGGGUCUGGCAGAAGCCUCAUCCAAGACCAGACAUUUCAUCUUCCCUGAAGGAAGAUCUGCCUGCACUGCAAGUGUCCCCGGGAGGAGCACAUGGUGACAGCGAUGCCACUGGAGAUGGAGAAGACCAUUAGCAAACUCAUGUUUGACUUCCAGAGGAACUCCACCUCGGAUGAUGACUCAGGCUGUGCCCUAGAAGAGUACGCCUGGGUCCCGCCCGGUCUGAAGCCGGAACAGGUUCACCAAUAUUAUAGCUGUCUCCCAGAAGAGAAAGUCCCUUAUGUCAACAGUCCUGGAGAGAAGCUGAGGAUCAAGCAGCUAUUACACCAGCUGCCGCCACAUGACAAUGAGGUCCGAUACUGCAACUCCCUGGAUGAGGAAGAGAAGCGGGAGCUAAAGCUGUUCAGCAACCAGAGGAAACGUGAAAACUUGGGCCGAGGGAAUGUCAGGCCCUUCCCAGUCACCAUGACAGGAGCUAUUUGUGAACAGUGUGGAGGCCAGAUUAAUGGCGGGGACAUUGCUGUGUUUGCCUCUCGCGCCGGCCACGGUGUCUGCUGGCACCCGCCGUGCUUCGUGUGCACUGUCUGCAAUGAGCUCCUGGUGGAUCUGAUCUACUUUUACCAGGAUGGGAAGAUAUACUGUGGCAGGCACCAUGCCGAGUGCCUGAAGCCACGCUGUGCAGCCUGUGACGAGAUUAUCUUUGCAGAUGAAUGCACAGAAGCCGAGGGGAGGCACUGGCACAUGAAACACUUUUGCUGCUUCGAGUGUGAGACGGUGCUGGGCGGCCAGCGCUACAUCAUGAAAGAAGGGAGGCCCUACUGCUGCCACUGCUUCGAGUCCUUGUAUGCGGAAUAUUGUGACACCUGUGCCCAACACAUAGGGAUCGACCAAGGGCAGAUGACCUAUGAUGGCCAGCACUGGCAUGCCACCGAGACCUGCUUCUGCUGUGCUCACUGCAAGAAAUCCCUCCUGGGACGGCCAUUCCUCCCAAAGCAGGGCCAGAUAUUCUGCUCACGGGCCUGCAGUGCCGGGGAGGACCCCAAUGGCUCUGACUCAUCUGAUUCGGCCUUCCAGAACGCCAGGGCCAAGGAGUCCCGACGCAGCGCCAAAAUUGGCAAGAACAAGGCCAAGACGGAAGAGCCCAUGCUGAACCAGCACAGCCAGCUGCAGGUGAGCUCCAAUCGGCUGUCGGCCGACGUGGACCCACUGUCACUGCAAAUGGACCUGCUCAGCCUGUCCAGCCAGACACCCAGCCUCAACCGGGACCCCAUCUGGAGGAGCCGGGAGGAGCCCUACCAUUAUGGGAACAAAAUGGAACAGAACCAGUCCCAGAGUCCCUUACAGCUCCUCAGCCAGUGCAACAUCAGGACGUCCUACAGUCCAGGGGGUCAGGGGGCCGGGGCCCAGCCUGAAAUGUGGCCCAAGCACUUCAGCAACCCCAAGAGGAGCUCAUCACUGGCCAUGAAGGGGCACGGCGGCAGCUUCAUCAAAGAGUGCCGUGAGGACUAUUACCCAGGGAGGCUGAGGUCCCAGGAGAGCUAUAGUGACAUUUCCAGUCAGAGUUUCAAUGAGACCCGAGGUAGCAUCCAAGUCCCCAAAUACGAGGAGGAUGAGGAAGAGGAGGAAGGGGGCAUAACUGCUCAGCAGUGCCGGACCCGUCAUCCCAUCAAUUCCCUGAAAUACACAGAGGACAUGACACCCACGGAGCAGACCCCUCGGGGCUCUAUGGAAUCACUGGCCCUGUCGAAUGCAACAGGCCUCUCCGCUGAUGGCGGUGCCAAGCGCCAGGAGCACCUCUCCCGAUUCUCCAUGCCUGACCUCAGCAAAGACUCUGGAAUGAACGUCUCUGAGAAGCUGAGCAACAUGGGCACUCUUAACUCGUCCAUGCAGUUCCGGAGCGCAGAGUCUGUCCGCAGCCUGCUCUCUGCCCAGCAGUACCAGGAGAUGGAAGGAAACCUCCACCAGCUCAGCAGCCCCCUUGGCUACCGAGACCUGAAGUCCCACGGAAGGAUGCACCAGAGCUUCGAUUUUGAUGGGGGGAUAGCAGGCAGCAAACUGCCUGGGCAGGAGGGUGUGAGGGUCCAGCCCCUGAGCGAGCGCACCCGGAGAAGAGCUACUUCGCGAGACGACAACCGCCGCUUCCGACCUCACCGGUCCAGGCGCUCCCGGCGCUCUCGCUCGGACAAUGCCCUCCACCUGGCCAGCGAACGCGAGGCCAUCUCUCGGUUAAAAGAAAGGCCCCCUCUGCGAGCCAGGGAGGACUAUGACCAAUUCAUGCGCCAGCGGAGCUUCCAGGAGAGCCUGGGGCAGGGAUCCCGGAGGGACCUGUACGGCCAGUGCCCGAGGACUGUGUCGGACCUGGCCUUGCAGAAUGCCUUUGGGGAUCGGUGGGGACCCUACUUCACCGAGUAUGACUGGUGUUCCACGUGCUCCUCCUCUUCGGAGUCUGACAAUGAGGGCUACUUCCUGGGAGAGCCCAUCCCCCAGCCGGCCCGCCUGCGCUACGUCACGAGCGACGAGCUGCUGCACAAGUACAGCUCCUACGGCCUCCCCAAAUCUUCCACGUUAAGUGGCAGAGGACAGUUGCACAGCAGGAAAAGACAAAAGAGCAAAAACUGCAUCAUUUCUUAAUAUGAUUGGGAUCAGGGAAUGGGGGGAGAUGGGAGCUGAGAAUGUAAAUUCAGGAACUUGCACUGUUUUAAGUUUUAGAGCGCUUUUGGGGGUGGUUCAUGCGGGAGAAAAGGAAACUGCUCUCAACUGAUGAGGCAGAGUUGCAGAUUGAGUAACUAGGUAGUCACAGUUCUUGGCAUGUUGAAUAUAAUUUGCACAUUUCACUUUGGAAACACAAUAGACUCUGUGGAGGCCAGGGUUGGUCACCUCCUUCCCACUGGUUCUGUGUCGAGUUGCCACUCAACUAGAUGGCAAACUGUUCCCUGCGCGCUUAACAUCCUCUUCUCUGGUUCUCAUACUUUUAGGACCCUUUUUUCAGUAAGUAAUUUGUUUAUUAGCCAGGACCCAAGACUAAGUUAUUUACAUGUCCAUUGUAAAUGCAAUGUAAAUGAGAAUUCUGAUAAAAUAUUUUUGUAUUUUGUAAUAUCAAAGGAAUUUCUAUAUCGUAGGACUCAGUGGGGACUUGCAUGCACAACCACCAUUGUCUCUGAGGAGUAGUAUAUUAAAAGGUGGGCCAGGACCACCUUUUUUUUUUUUUUUUUUUUUCUUUUCUAUACAAGUUUGUUACAUGUCAGUGAGACCUUUUUCAAAGGGAUAUAUUCAAUUUGGCUUUUUAUGGCUGAAAAAAUAACUAUUAUACCCAAAAGUGUUUUAUGCUCCAUUCCAUCUUAAAGGAGCCAUCCUUAGGUCUGUUCCCACCCUCGGUAGAAUUUCUUCUUACAAAGUGGUAGUAUUUUUCUUUUAAUGCAAAUGUAACUUUCAUUAAUUAGAGAAACCAGUCAGUGUCCGUAAAGUUCUGUGAGAAAUGUCAUCCCUGCUGGGAACGUUGAAGUUGCUUAAUGUUGAUCUAUCCCUUGGGGAAAGUAAAAAGUGACUGUGAGUGGUGCCGUUGUGUGAUGUCAGCAUGACGUUGUUUUAACUGUGGCAUUAUGUUCUGGUGCUCAUGUUUUCUGGAUUGUGUUAUCUGCUUUCCUUUACCAAGGCAGACGGAACUGCUGCCUUAGCCUGACAACCGGUUGUCCUCAAAGCAAAUGAGCUUAAGCACUUGGAAUGGAGGGACGGAGAGGUUCUGAGGGGGCUCUGGGAGGGAUGGUGUGUUGCAUGUUAUGUGUGGAGAAGGAACAAGACAGUUUGCAAACAGAAAGCAGGACAAGGGUAGAAGUCGAAGGGGACUCUGAAGGAAGGGACAAGGAGCAUUUCUGGAAAUGAAAUAGAGGAGAGGUGACAACCACCUCAAAUAGCCCCCAGUGCUCAUGGAAAGAAGCCAGUUUACUAGGAUCAAUAACCAGAGAAUCUGGGUUGCACAGGAAGAAUAAGCUGCUGAGAUUUCAGUGUCAUGACUUUGAAAAGCAGACUUUGUUAAAAGGGGCAUUUCCAUGUUGAACUUGGAGGACUGUUGGUCAGACAGAAAAUGAGCUCAAAAGUGAGUUUGCUUAAUGAAGACAUUUAACGGUUGUGCUGUUUAUAGUAAAAUAAAACUUCCUUCCUUGCUUCAAUUAAAAAUGAAGCGCUUGCUUUUUCUCCAUUCUCUUCCUCCCCUUAAUGGAUUGUGGCAGUCGAAAUAAUCCAUCGGAGGAUCCGCCUUUAGUGAGAUGUACUGUUGACAUAGUACACGGUGUGUCUCAGUGGUCGCCUGCCAUGGUGAGGUGAGCGUGGUCUCUUUUCAGUAUAGUAGUUAACAUUUUCUAGUAUUUUUAAUGGAGAGAAUGUACAAAGUGGCUGUCAGACACCAUCCCAAGUGGGUCUGGGGAAAGGAAGACUAUAAAGGAUAUAGUUAAUGGCACUCCAUUCAGGAUGUAUUAAAAUAAUUUGCUUUUCAGGUAUUAAUAUGACAUUUGUCAUUGUCACUGAUUUAAAAAAAAAGCAAUGCAAAUGUUGGUUGUGGCUGUUUUCCGCAUGCUAUCUUCAUAUCUAAAUGCUUCAUUAAUUAUCCAAGCCUCCGGAGAAUUAACUCUAUUACGUUUGUAUAGUAAGUUUGUAAACUGCUUGGCAAACUGAUUAAGAAAUAACAUGUAACACCAUGCUACUAAAGUGGCAAGUUUCUGGUAGAAAUUGGAUGAGUCUAAUCUAGAGUUUUGAGUUCUUUGAUUGAUGAGAGUCAAAAGGCAUUUCUGGAAAAAAAGAAGAGGGAGGGGAAAGUAGAUCACUUAACUUGGCAAAUGGCUGAAAAUAAUGUCUGUCCUCUGUGGCCCCAAAUCUAAUGAAAGAAAUUCUCCCGAUAAAAGUUGUUUUCUAAUUCUGUUCUUCUUAGAGUACCUCUUACAUUUCCCACAAAGGGGCUUAGACCCCAUCAGCAGAAAGCAGGUGGCCUAGCAACUGACACAUAACCAGUACCCAAAGAGGGUGUAAGUCCUAAGACGUAAGUAAUUUCAGGUCUAGGUACCCAGAGAGCAUCCAGGGACUGAACUCAUCACAGCUUGAGAAACAUUGAGAUACAAGGCUCAGGGAAAUUAGCAAGACCCCCUCCAUUCAUUCUACCACUGCACAUCUCUUCUCCCCACCCCAAGUGCAGCCAGGUACCUUCCAGAGAAUGCCAGAGGAGGAAAGGCCAGUUUCUUACGAUGAUGGUGACAACUCCAAGUCAAUGCCCUGUUGAAGGUAGGACAUCAUUGUACUGGGAAUGUCACCUGUUAGUGGUAACUUAUACAUAACAUCCCAGAAUUUCAUUCUCCAAACUUUAAUGCAUCCUUUCCUGAGGCAAGAACUUAAGGUCUUCACCUGACUCCUCCCUCUAUCACCAUCCUUAUCUCUUACCAGUCAAGUUUCUCCUGUGUGGGGGGCCUGUAUUCACUUUUUAGAUCAUCGUUUCAUCUUCAGUAGACUGAUUCUCAGAAGAAUAAUCUUUUCCCAGAGUUCUUUCUUCUCUAAUGCCUUGGUUGUUUUGGUUUUGUUUUUUUCCUACCUCUCCUCCUAAUACUGGUCUUGUCUUUUGGUUAGAACCACAGCUUUGGAAUUCAAUUCAUUUCCUAUCACUGCUCAAUUUGGCAGCCACAUAGCUGGCUCUUUCCCAAGACAAAGAAGGGUAAGUCAUUGCCACUUUCCUGAAUGGCCCUGCCAAUACACACGUAACCUUGAUACUGUGAAAAACUUUCUUAGCAUCCAGGUGACAUUGAGCAUGGCAUUUAGGGAGCCUUCCUUCUGUCCAGUAGUUCUCUACCAAGUGUGAAGGUGAAUGAGGUGAAGGAGAUCAGAGCCCUGCUUCCGAUUUCUCAUAUGUGUAAGAGAGAAGUUCUGAUGUUGGUUGUUUGACGCCUCCUUUCUCUUUUUGCCUUUUUCUUCCCUUUCUUCCUUUCCAUUCCCAACCAGCUAAGCAAACAGGCGAUUUCUUGUUUCUAACUUGGGACCUGGAGGCAGCACUUUCUCUUCCCAAAGGAGGCUUCUGCACUGUAAUAAGAUUGUAUCUCCUGGGUGGCGCCUGUGUCUCAGUGAGUAGGGCGCCAGCCCCAUAUACCAAGAGUCGCGGGUUCAAAUCCAGCCCCAGCUGAACUGCAACCAAAAAAUAGCCAGGCGUUGUGGCGGGCGCCUGUAAUCCCAGCUGCUCGGGAGGCUGAGACAGGAGAAUCGCGGAAGCCCAAGAGCUAGAGGUUGCUAUGAGUCCUAUGACAUCAUGGCACUCUACCGAAGGUGGUAAAGUGAGACUCUGUCUCUACAAAAAAAAAAAAAGAUUGUAUCUCCUGCUUUCUGGUUCUUGGGUGCUGCCUGCUGUGGUUGAGUUCAGGAGGACCAGUGACAGCACAUACUGUGGGGUGUGCUGUGCACUCUCUGUAACCCGAGCAGAUGUUAGGAAUGCCCAGUGAGUCCCCAUGUGCUUUCCCAGAGAAGAUGGAUGCAGCCUCAGAAAUCGCUGCAAUGCUCUGACCAGCCAGCACCGGUCGCUCAGAACUCAUCUUAUUUGUCUGAUAACAAAUCUCAUUUGUGAAAUGAUUCUUAUCUGUCUUUCUGCCCUUGGCUCUCAUGCCAUGGAACAAAAAACAAAACACCAGACAUUUAGGGAGCAUUGUUCAUAAGUAAUUCGGAGAAUUCGGAGAGUGCAAUUUCCCUGCCCCUUGGAUGAUGGGGGGCCUAGAGGAAACUGACUUCUUAGGCUAAAGGGUAACAAAUGUCUUUGGCCUCUGCCAGCUAUCAUAGGCAGACUUCUGUUCACUAUGCAGAGGUCAGAUAAGACCCCAUCUUACUCUUCAUCUAAGCCCACCUUCUAACAAAAAAUACACAAAUAUGUAAAUUCUGAAAAGAAGUGCUCUUUGUGUAUUUCUAACAGAAACCAGAUGCUAAUGCCUAAGAAGGAGGAUCCAUCUUUGACUAAGGAAAGUGGAAAAUUAAACCAGUUAUCUGAAUACUUCAUGCCAGAAGUGUUGCUAAUAGCAACUGUUAGCACCUUCAGGUCUUUAAAAUGGGCUCUGCCAACAGCAUUCCACACUCAGGACUCAGUAGCCAAGCCUCCACUGCCGACUUGGAAGGCAGUUUCAGAACGCCACCUUUUGAGGUAUAUUUCUUUAAGCACAAGAAAAGGACAUGACGGGACCUUUGCCUUGUCUCCAGAAGUUUGUCUCUCUGGGGACACCAGACACCAGAGCUUGUUUGUAUGACUAUUGGGAAGUAGUCAGCAAGGUCAAAAUCAUGAAAGGAUUGGAUUGUUUUUCCAUUUUCUCAUAAUAAUUGCCCAGUCAACACAGGACUCCCAGAAAACAUGACUCAAUCUUGGGAGCGAUACUAUUUUAUAAGCUUACUUCCUGCUGACAAAACUAGCUUUCCUCAAGGGAAUAAAAAAAGAGAAGGGGAAAGUCACACAGUGUUAGGAAAACGUUUCUGUUACUUAAACAUGAUGAAUCUAUAGGAUAGAAAAGUUGUCUUGUUCUAUCCUGUGCAUUUUCUGAGCUAUCCCUUCACCCUAUGCAGUAUUUGGCCUUGGUUGUUCACUGACCAAACUUUCUAAAUUUUUCAGAGAGAGUUUCUUGCCAAUAAAGUCUGUUCUCAAAUCUUAGGUUUAUUUUUCCCAUGAAGUGUUAUGAUUCUAUCAGUGGGCCCUGAUGUAACGUUCUAAGCUUCUAAGGCCUGUGAGUCCUCUUUGUUUAGCAAAUUAAGACUUAAGCAGGUUUCCUCUCCUGAACACAUUCUUUCCUGCACAGGAUUGCUUUGCCCAUCUCCUGCUUUAAUUCUCAAGUGCAUAACAAACCUCAAAGGGCCUGAGAAGGUGAGGCAGGCCAGAGUCUGUGUUACGUGUCGAGUGUCAAGCUAUUUGUUAAGAAGGUCUGCAACAGGCCUUUGGUGUGGGCUCUGCCAGAGACUGUUCUGAACACUUUGCUUGAGAUCUGUGCCCUGUAAAAUGAAUAUGAUGUUUUACUGAUGUCUGUAAUACAUUUGUAAACUUCCAAUAAAUUUGAAUAAA